AUGAAGGCGGCGGACGCCGACCUGUCCUUCUCGUUCGCGUGCGGCGGCUGGCUCAAGAUGUACCUCUUCGGCGUGGCCAAGGCGCUGCAGCAGUUCGAGCUCGAGAAGCGCGCGCGGCUCAUCGGCUGCUCGGCCGGCGCGCUGACGGCCACGGGGCUGGCGCUGGGGUGCGACUUCGACGCCAUCCGCGACCACGUGCUCCUGAACAUCGUGCCUCAGGCGCACGCGUCCCUGGCCGGCUACUUCCGCGUGCGCCCAUACCUGCGCGACACGCUGGCGUGCCACGGCUGCCUGCAGAAGUUCGAGGCGAUCAACACCUCGCAGCAGCUCACAGUCGUCUACACGUCGCUGUCGACGCUCAAGUCGCGGCGCGCGACGACGUUCGAGUCGGCCGAGCACCUGACGGAGACGCUGCUGGCCUCGUGCUGCGCGCCGCCCAUCGCUGGGCUGCCCUGUAAGCUCAACGGCGAGUGGGUCAUGGACGGCGGCAUAUUCGACUUCCAGCCCGUGUACGACGACAAGACGGUGGCCAUCAGCCCGUUCUACUGCGUCGGCGCGGACAUCAAGCCGUCCGUGUACGUGCCCAUGUGGUGGGCCUUAAUCCCGCCAGGUGUGCGCGACGUCGAGUGGCUCUUCGAUCUGGGCUACGAGGACGGUCUCAAGUGGAUCGUCGAGAAGGGGCUGGCGGGAGGCCGCAAGGUGGAUAUCCCGACCAAGAGCACGGAGUACGCUGGCGGCUGGAACACGACCAUCGGGCGCGUGGUGGGCUACCGUGGCUGCGAGAGCCGCUUCUUGGACGCCCUCUUUGUGGGGCUGUUUGUGUGCCUGUGGAGACCCAUGGCCUUCAUGUGCCUCUACCUGGAGCUGUACCUGCAGGCCAUCGUGUCUGGCGGCAAGGCUGUGGUCUUCGGAGCCGCGGCCAAGCUGCUGAUCACGAACAUCAUCAUGGCCGCAACGGCAGUGACACUGGCGACGUUGGGGCUGCAGCACACGAUGCUGUUCCUGCUGGGAUUGGGUGCUAUGGGAUUCUUCUUGGGCGGCAUGGUGCUGCUGGUUGGUGGUCUACAACAAGCGGGAGCGGUGGCGUCUGCCGACUGGCAGCGUUGCCGCUCUUACAUGCGCAGCAUCACGAGUCUGUCGCUCUUCCUGCACAGCAUGCCUGUGAUCGGCUCCUCAGUGGAGUUCAAGCGCCGCGAGUUCCUGCUGGAGCAGUCGCUGGUGUAUCGCGUCGCGAUGCACUUCGUGUGA